UGGAAAACGUUCACGCCACUAAGUAAACAACUUAAUCCACCAAACUUGCCUCCAAAAACAGAAACACUACACUUACUAUAUACGUGUGUGCCUAUACAAAAAUGCUUAUAUAAAAUUAUAUACACCCUUUUUCAUCCAUAAACAUCAAAAUCAAAAUUAUAAUCAUCUCUCUAAUUCCAAUUUUCAAAUGUCUUCUUCUUCAAUAGAGUCAUUUCGAGACCUUCUCAUCAAACCAUGGAAAACCAUUCCCUUCCCCACCAUCAAAUCCAAUGAUCACUUCUCUCUCUUUCUCAAAGUGGGUCUAGCAAUUUCCACAAUUUUUCUCAUCUCCCAUUUUUUCUACCUCUCUCAAAAUUAUCAUCAACCACACACCCAUUUCUAUCAAAUAGCAUCCAAACAAAUGUUCCAACCCCGCACUCCAAAAACCCUAAUCAUAGAAUCUGGUGAAGCCGAAGAACCGACUAAUAUUUCCCACAUUUUGUUUGGAAUCGGCGGCUCUUCAGCUACAUGGCAGGCACGUCGCCACUACAACGAACUCUGGUGGCGUCAAAACACCACCAAAGGAUUUGUGUGGUUAGACACAAAGCCAUCUAAAAACGAGACGUGGCCAGAGACUUCACCACCAUAUAAAGUCUCUGCUGACACGUCAUCGUUUAAAUACACAUGUUGGUACGGCUCUCGUUCAGCUAUUCGUAUAGCACGAAUACUGAAAGAGAGUUUUGAAUUAGGGUUAGAUAAUGUGAGGUGGUUUGUAAUGGGUGAUGAUGAUACCGUCUUCUUCCCCGACAACCUUGUUACGGUGUUGUCGAAAUAUGAUCAUAAUCAAAUGUACUAUAUUGGUGGAAAUUCAGAGAGUGUUGAACAAGAUGUGGUACAUUUUUACACCAUGGCUUAUGGCGGCGGAGGGUUUGCUAUAAGCUAUCCUUUGGCGGCGGAGCUUGUGAAGAUUUUGGACGGUUGCAUUAAUCGUUAUUCUGAGUAUUAUGGUUCUGAUCAGAAAAUUCAAAGUUGCAUUAGUGAAAUUGGUGUUCAGAUUACCAAAGAACCUGGUUUUCAUCAGGUAGAUAUUCGUGGUAACCCUUAUGGCUUACUAGCAUCACAUCCAGUUGCACCAUUGGUCUCAUUGCAUCACUUAGACUAUGUGGACCCAAUUUUUCCAAACAUGGAACGGGUUGAGUCAGUAAAAAAGUUAGUUACCGCAUACAAAUCGGAUCCGGGUCGAACUAUCCAACAAUCCUUUUGCUAUGACCAUACAAAAAAUUGGUCAAUAUCAAUAUCAUGGGGCUAUAGUGUUGAAUUAUAUCCCUAUUUACCAACAGCUAAAUAUCUUGAAAUGGUUUCCCAAACAUUUAAAACGUGGAGGACUUGGAGUGAUGCCCCGUUUACUUUUAAUACCCGACCCGUUAGUCAAGAUUCGUGUGUGAAACCGGUUGUGUAUUUUAUGGAUCGGAUUGAGGGUUUAGAUCGGGGAUUGACCCGGUCCGGUUAUAAAAGAUAUGAUGAUGGUUCAGGGAAGGAGUGUGACAAGGUUGAUUAUAAGGUGGCUCAUGGAAUUCAUUAUGUGCAUGUUUCAGCUCCUAUGCUUUUGCCUCAUUAUUGGAAACAGGCACCAAGAAGACAAUGCUGCGAGAUAAUCAACAAUGUAGAUGGCUUGAACAGUACUGUAAUCAAUGUCAAAAUCAGAGGAUGUCAUAGAUUUGAGAGUGUAACUCCUCGUUAGAAAUUUACAACAAACACAUUGAAAAGAAGAAGGGUUAGGGUUCAUGAUGUAUUUUUGCAAAUGAAGACUCAAAGAGUCUUGGCUCAAAAGAGCCGGAUGCAAUACGAUAAUGAGUUGAUAGUUGAAGUUUAUUAGAAGACAAAUUGAAGAGACUUUACAAUUUUCAAGUGUUUAACUCGUUUUUGCACAUAUAUAAAUGACUCAAUAGUUUAUACUGGCUCUAAAAUUUUAUGAUUUUUAAUAAUAGAAUUAUUUUCUAACUUGUAGAAUAUAUAUUAUUUAUUUAUUUAUUUGGUAGAACUUGUAGUACAUAUUUUGCUAACCUAGACUGUGUUGUGACUUAAACUAUCAUGAGAUUUAUGAAGUGUUUCAUCUCUGGUGUUUGCAUGCUGACUCAAA